CGUCACCCUCCUUUCCCUUUCCUUCUCCCCUCCUCGCGCCGCGCACCUAAAAUCUUGGAAACCCUCCAACUUUCGGAUCCUCGAUCGAUUCCAACCACGGGCUCCGUCUCGCCUCUCCCAAAACCUCCGGAAAACCUCGGAACGCGCGCGCCCGCCUCUGCCGCCGCCAUGAGUCGAUCCUACGGCUGCCGCCCCUUCCGCCCGCCGGACUGGGACGCGCCGCCUCACGGCCGCUACCACCAGCGCCAGCCGCCCCCGCGGCAGUUCCUCGUCAUCCUCCUCCGCGCGGGCGCCAACCUCUCCGCCCCGCCCGCCACGGAGGUCGACGCCCUCGUCACCGGCCUCGGGUCGCCCGCCCCCGACAGCCUCUCCGUCUCCUCCUCCGGCCGCCAGGCCGCCCGGCUCCUGUUCCGCUCCCUCCCGGCGGCCGCGGCCGCCGUGCGCGAGCUCUGGUCGCUCCGCCUCGAGGGGUUCCACCUCCUCACCCCGCACCUCCCCGACCGCGCCCUCGCUGCCCACGCGUUCCCCGUCAUCGCCUCUCUCUUCGCCGCCCACGUCUCCCGCCUCCUCGACACCGACCUCGUCUCACGUUGCGCCGCCCGCUCCUCGGAGCUCGCCACCGCCAUCCAGUCUGUGAAACAGCGUCUGCGUGCACACAAUAGGCUUCGUGACUUUGAUCGGCUCGAUCUCGAGAAGAAAACACUGGAGGCCGAGAAGGAAUUGGUAGGCGCCAAAAUCGCCGAGUACAAGGCGGCGAUGAGUUCGAUAAGGCAUGCCAUGCUACGUGUGACAGAUGAUGAUGAGGAGGAGGAGAGCGUGGAUGAAGGGGUGGACGUGUUCGGGAUUGGGGAAGACAAGGAUGUGGACUUUGCGAGGUUGCACAUGAUGAUGCUGCGCGAGUGCAGGAGGCUCAAUGAGGGGUUACCAAUCUAUGCGUACCGCAGAAAGAUUCUCAAUCACAUUUUCAGUAACCAGGUUAUGGUCUUAAUUGGGGAAACUGGUUCUGGAAAAAGCACACAAUUAGUUCAGUUUCUUGCUGACUCAGGUCUUGUGGCUAAUGGCUCCAUUGUCUGUACUCAACCUCGAAAAAUUGCUGCUAUAUCGUUGGCACACAGAGUAGAUGAAGAAAGCAAUGGUUGCUACGAGGACAAUUUUGUGUUGUCAUAUUCAACCUUUUUAAAUUCUCAAGACUUCAGUUCAAAGAUCAUAUUUUGCACAGAUAGUUGUCUUUUACAUCACUGCAUGAACGAUGCGGGGUUUGAUGGCAUUUCAUAUAUCAUUGUUGAUGAAGCUCAUGAAAGAAGCUUGAACACUGAUCUUCUCUUAGCUCUGAUCAAGAAGAAGCUCCUUGAUAGGUUGGAUUUGCGUCUCAUUAUAAUGUCUGCAACUGCUGAUGCUGAUAGACUUGCUGACUACUUCUAUGGCUGUCAAACAUUCCAUGUUAAAGGGCGAAAUUUUCCUGUUGAAAUUAAAUAUGUCCCAGAUGUAUCAGUGGAGGCUUCCUUCAAUUCUGUGCCAAACUCUUUGGGUGGUGCUCGUGCAGCUGUUUCUUAUGUCAAUGAUGUUGUAAGACUGGUAAGCAUGAUUCACAAGAAUGAAGAAGAGGGUGCUGUCCUUGCUUUCUUGACAUCUCAGCUGGAAGUUGAAUGGGCUUGUGAAAACUUCAGUGACACAAGUGCCAUGGUACUUCCUAUGCAUGGAAAGCUUUCCCAUGUAGAACAGAGCCGUGUUUUCAAAAGCUAUCCUGGAAAGAGAAAAAUUAUCUUCUGCACGAAUAUGGCUGAAACGUCACUGACCAUAAAAGAAGUGAAGUAUGUUGUUGAUUCUGGACUGGCCAAGGAGAGCAGGUUUGUGCCCAGUAGUGGUCUUAAUGUAUUGAAAGUCAAUUGGAUUUCCCAAAGUUCCGCUAAUCAACGUGCUGGCCGGGCAGGUCGAACUGGAGCUGGGAAGUGUUACAGGCUUUACUCUGAAUCCGACUUCAAUAUGAUGGAAGUGCAUCAGGAACCUGAGAUCAGGAAAGUUCAUCUCGGCACUGCCGUUCUUAGAAUACUUGCUUUGGGUGUUAAAGAUGCACAGAAUUUUGAGUAUGUUGAUGCCCCAAAUCCAGAAGCAAUAAAUAUGGCUGUGAAGAACCUUGAACAAUUGGGUGCUGUCAAAUGUAGACUUAAUUGCUUUGAGUUGACUGAUACUGGACGCCACCUUGUCAAAUUGGGAAUUGAGCCAAGGCUUGGGAAAAUUAUGCUUGAUUGCUUCCGUUCUGAUUUGAAGAAAGAAGGUGUAGUUCUAGCUGCUGUUAUGGCAAAUUCUAGCAGCAUAUUUUGCAGAGUGGGCACUGAUGAGGAGAAACAUAAAGCUGACCUUCAGAAGGUCCGAUUGUGUCACCAAGAUGGAGAUUUGUUCACUUUACUGGCUGUUUAUAAGAAAUGGGAGGAUGGGCAUGAAAACAGGAAUACGUGGUGCUGGGAGAACAGCAUCAACGCCAAGACCAUGAGGAGGUGCCAGGAAACUAUAUCAGAACUUGAAAACUGUCUAAAGCAUGAACUGAACAUUAUUGUCCCAAGCUAUUGGUGUUGGAAUCCCGAGGCUCCCACAGAACAUGAUAAGAAGCUAAAGAAAAUUAUCCUAUCAUCUCUUACAGGCAAUCUUGCUAUGUUCUUAGGACAUGAAAGGUCUGGUUACCAGGUGAUUUCGACAGAUCAGGUUGUGAACCUUCAUCCCUCAUGCUCGUUGCUCAAUUAUGGCAUCAAGCCAGAGUGGGUGGUGUUUACAGAAAUCUUGUCAGUCCCAAAUCAAUAUUUGGUAUGUGUAACUGCUGUUGACCAUGAGGCCCUGUAUACAAUUCACCCCAUGCCUUUCAUUCAGCAACUGGAGAAACAUAAAUUGCAGAUAAAAAUAAUUAGUGGGCUUGGUCAUCACGUGCUGGCAAGAUUUUGUGGAAAAUCUGGUCAAAACCAGCAGAAGAUUAUUUCACAUCUCAAGGAAGAAUGCAGGGAUGAGCGAAUAACUGUUGAAAUUGACUUCGAAAACAACGAAGUUGUGUUAUUUGCUACAGAACAGGACAUGGAAAAGGUCUUCUCCAUUGUUAAUGGUGCUUUGGAAUGUGAAGCUAAGAUGUUGAAGAAUGAGUGCCUCGAAAGAAAUUUAUUUCCUGGGAGGCCUGGGAGUUCUCCUCUUGCACUAUUUGGCUCGGGUGCUGAAAUCAAACAUUUGGAACUUGAGAAGAGGUUUCUAUCGGUAGAGGUUCUCCAUCAAAAUGCUCGUGAUAUCAAUGACAAGGAGCUCAUUUUGUUGGUGGAUAGUCUGAUCUCUGGUAUCGCUAAUUUUCAUAAAUCUGCUGGAAAUUUUCGGAUAGCCUCAGAUGAAAACAAAUGGGGGAAAUUUACUUUCCUGAAACCUGAAGAUGCUGAGUAUGCUGUCUCGAAACUGAACGGAAUAGAAUUUCAUGGUUCCUCAUUAAAAGUGGUUCCAAUAUGUUCUUCUGAUAAUCGAGGAUUACCAUUUCCUGCGGUUAGAGCCAGAUUAUCUUGGCCACGUAACCCAAGCAGGGCACGUGCACAUGGUAUCCGUUUGCUCGGGCUCAGGGAAACACCCAUAGCUAGCCCCUCGAUUUCUGCUUGUGAAGAAGCACUGAUUAGAGAAAUUUCUCCAUUCAUGCCAAACAAGAGUUUUCCUGGACAAAAUUUCCGUGUUGAGGUGUUCCCUCCAGAGGAAAACAAUCCAAUGACAAGAGCAACUGUAACUUUUGAUGGAAGUCUUUAUCGUGAGGCUGCAAGAGCACUGGACCAUCUUAAUGGAAGCAUUCUUCCUUGUUGUCAACCUUGGCAGAUAAUACAGUGCAAUCAUGUGUUUCAUAGUACUCUGUCCUGUCCGGUACGUGUUUACAAUGUUAUCAGCCAGGAAGUUGCUUCGCUGCUUGAGAGCUUCCGAAGCCAAAAAGGCGUGUCUUACAAUUUUGAAAAGACUGAGAAUGGUAUCUUUCGUGUAAAGCUCACUGCAAAUGCCACAAAAACAAUAGCAGAUUUGAGAAGGCCUCUUGAGAUUUUGAUGAAAGGCAAAACCAUAAACCACCCUGAUCUGACAUUAAGUGCAGUUCAGCUGCUCUUGUCCCGUGAUGGUGUAGCACAUUUAAAAUCAAUUGAACAAGAAACUGAGACUUACAUUUUAUACGACAGGCAAAGUCUAACUAUCAAAGUUUUUGGAGACCAAGAUCAGAUGGCCACAGCGGAGACAAAAUUGGUUCAUGCACUUUCACAACUCCUUGAAAAGAAGCCUCUGGAAAUUCGUCUUCGUGGCCAUAACCUCCCUCCAGACUUGAUGAAGAAAACAGUGGAAAACUUUGGAGUUAACUUGGAAGGAUUUAAUAAAGAGAUGCCUGCGGUCAAGGUUGAUUUACAUAAACACCGUCAUUUACUUAAAGUUUGGGGCAGUAAAGAGGAUAAGCAAAGGGUGGAAGGGAUGAUCUCUGAGUUGAUAAUGUCUGUUAAACACAAUGCCCUGGUUCAACUUCCAUCAGAGAAUGUUGCAGGCAAUAAAGAAGAUCAGAAAAGGGUGGAUGACAGUGAGCUGUCAAAGGAUGCAUGCCCUAUUUGCUUGUGUGAGGCGGAAGAUCCUUUUAAGCUUGAAUCAUGUGGGCAUAUGUUUUGUCGGGCUUGUUUGGUGGAUCAGUGUGAUUCAGCCACGAAAUCGCAUGAUGGGUUCCCUAUUUGUUGUCUCAAAACUGGGUGCAAGAAGCCCUUUCUCAUUGUUGAUCUGAAGCACCUUGUGUCAAAUGAGAAGCUGGAGGACCUAUUCAGAGCUUCCUUGAGGGCAUUUGUUGCAUCUAGAUCAGGUAUGUACCGCUUCUGCUCGACACCUGAUUGCCAAUCCAUCUACCAAGUGGCAGCUCUAAAUGCGGAAACCAAACCUUUUGUCUGUGGAGCUUGCUUCGUGGAGAUCUGCACCAAGUGCCAUCUCGAGUAUCAUCCUUUCAUGUCCUGCAAGGAUUACAAACAAUACAAGGAAGACCCAGAUGCAACACUGCUUGAAUGGCGCAAGGGGAAGGGGAAUGUGAAGAACUGCCCUUCCUGUGGAUACACAAUUGAGAAAGCUGAUGGCUGCAACCAUGUUGAGUGCAGGUGCGGCAGCCAUAUUUGCUGGACAUGCUUGGAGAACUUCAGAAGCAGUGAGGAAUGUUAUGGCCAUCUCAGGUCUGUGCACCAAUCCUUUGUGGACAUUGUGUAGAACCUAGAUGUAGUUUUGUACAUGUUGGAACAAAACCUCCUCCAAUCUCUUCCCGACACCUUUGAUUGGAACUGCACAUAGCAUGGAUUGCAAAGCUGCAUGCAGCUGGCACAGAUGGUGAGACUUCUAUCCUUGUCUGCAGAUCAUGGCCAGUGGGAAAAUGUUCUAUGCACAGGUUCAUCAUGAUGAAAAAAUGACUCAGUAUUUUGCAAAUUUGAAGCCAGGGUUGCAGAAACCAAAGGGCCCAUUGAGAAGCUCAGAUGUUGUCCAAAUAUAAAAAGACAAGUUCGCUUGGAACUUGCUGCCUUGCUUCCUGGAAUCAUGUCCAUCAUCGCUUUGAUUGGACCAGAGGGUUCGACCGAGGUGAUCUGCUCUCGGUUUGUUACUGUUCUCACUCAAGCGGGUUGCCUGCCUAAGCUUAUGCUUCUCCUGCCGGCUCUGUUCUUCAGCUGUGUCAUUACAUGUCUGUUGCGCUAAACCUUUAUUUGUCAACAGAACCUUCCAACCAAACUAUUUCACGAACAGUGAGCAGUCUGUCUUGUCCAGGAUGUAUGGAGGCCUGUAAAAUACUCUCCUCUGAGAUGACCUCCAUACAGGCAUGUGGACAUGUCAGCACAGUUCCCACUCACCUGACAUGAAAAUAAGAAAUCACAACCUUGGCAGGUUAAAGUUAUCGAAUCUGCGGAGCUGUGCGGUAUCCCUUCAGUUCUUCCCUGACAAAUCUGAUCAGUGACACUGAUACAGUUUAAGAAGUAUAGAGUUUCCAUCAGAUAUUCCUGCUGUUGUUUAGAAGAAAAGGUCACACUUAUCGAGAGAGAAGGUCCUUCCAGGUCAAUAAUGAUGAUGAUUACUUUGGGUGUCAGUUGAUGAUCCCCUGUCCAGCCUGCCACAGUUGGUUCGUCUUUGUUCGCUAUGGCUAUCGUGUGCAUUUAACACCUGCAGAAAGUAGCAGCCCAAUCACCGCAAACGCAGUUCCUGGAGAUAUCGAGCAGCAGAACAAGUUGUUUACACCUGACGAGGACACGAAACUUACACCUAAACCAGCUGAGAACACACCUCCAGGCUUCAGGCAACCUAAACAAAGAACUGGUGGUGGUUUCCUUACUGUGCCUGAGCCCAAAUCCCAUGAUCCUGACCUUGUAGGGCUCUACUGGCAAGGCCAAGAGCUAGAAAGUUACUUCGCCUAGGAUAGUAUGUUUCUUUGGCCGUUCUGCUGCCGGUCUAUAUCCCUGCUGACGAAGCCUGGCUGCUGUAGAUCAAAGUGUGAACUUCUGUCCUGCCUAUAUGAGCUUCGAAACAACCACGCUGCUCCUACCCACAAAGCCUUAUUCUUGAGGAGCUUCACAGCGUGUGCUGCCGAUGGCUCACUUUUUGUCAGUGCUUCGCGUGCCCAUCGUUGUCAAGCGUAGCACCUAGGUAACACGAUGUAUUGUGCCUGCAUACCCUACUGACAUUCUGUUAAUGUUUAGUAUUUUGCCGUCAGGAGAUUAUGGUCUUUGCUCCUGCAGAGACAAAUAUGUUUUCCUUUGGCGAUGUCUUAUAGCCGUUGAUUCACCCAUGAGGCAUAUGCUCUUUCUAUUAUUCAGGGAACUAUAUGGCUUAUUUUGCUCUAACGCUGCCCGAUGCAAGCGGAUCUUGUUUGUGUCCCACUUCUAGGCCAAACUUUAAAUCCUAAUUUAAAUUUUGAGCAAUUUUUUUGAACUA